AUGUCGGACGUAGAGGUCGAUGCAGCCCCAGAGGCACCCACCGUCGAGGUCACGGAGACGUCGGCACCUGCGCCCAAGGGCAAGAUGACCGUCGAAGAAGCCCUUCAAGAGGUUCUCAAGAAGGCUCUCAUUCACGACGGUCUCGCUCGUGGACUGAGAGAGGCAGCAAAGGCGCUCGACAAGCGUCAAGCUCAUCUUUGCGUCCUCAACGAGGGCUGCACGGAGUCUGCCUACAUCAAGCUCGUCGAGGCCCUCUGCGCCGAGCACAAGAUCAACCUGAUCAAGGUAGCAGACUCGAAGCUGUUGGGCGAAUGGUGCGGUCUCUGCAAGAUUGAUCGCGAGGGCAAUGCACGCAAGGUCGUUGCUUGCUCCUGCGCAGUCGUCACCAACUAUGGCGAAGAGUCAGGUCAGCACUCAAUGUCCUGCUCGACUACUUCAGCUCAAGAUAGAUUGUCGACCGUGGCUCAGAUGAUGUCGGAUGCAUCGUGUUUCGACUAA